UUAGUAAUAGGAGGCUAUAGAAAAAAAAGAUAACCAUUAAAACAAGAGAGACGACGAGAUUUUAGAAAUUUUUAAGGUGAGAGGCUGAGAAAAUUGAGUCAGUCAUACACGAUGGCGAGAGCAGCUUGUAGCAGUGUAGUCACGGCUCUCUCUUUCAUACCUUCCAAGACUCUUCUCUCUAGUAGAAACCAGCUCCUUUUCUCCGCUGAAUCCAAGUUCGUCGGAGUUUUGACUCUCCACAAACGAUGCUUUGCCUCCAAAGUAAGCAUGAGCUUGAAAGCUGGAAUCGUCGGUCUUCCUAACGUUGGCAAGUCUACUCUCUUUAACGCCGUCGUUGAAAAUGGAAAGGCUCAAGCUGCUAAUUUUCCCUUUUGCACGAUUGAGCCCAAUGUUGGUAUUGUUGCUGUUCCUGAUUCUCGUCUUCAUGUUCUCUCCAAACUCAGUGCUUCUCAGAAAAUUGUCCCUGCAUCCAUUGAGUUUGUGGACAUCGCUGGUCUCGUCAAGGGUGCUAGUCAGGGAGAAGGUUUAGGCAAUAAGUUCUUAUCUCACAUCCGAGAAGUUGAUUCCAUCCUCCAGGUGGUGCGAUGUUUUGAGGACAAUGACAUUAUUCAUGUCAAUGGCAAAGUUGAUCCCAAGUCUGACAUUGAUGUCAUCAAUCUCGAACUUAUUUUCUGCGACUUAGAUCAGAUUGGUAAAAGGAUUGAAAGACUUAAGAAAGGGAAGGCUAAGGAUUCACAAUCCAAAGUCAAGGAGGAAGCUGAAAAAUCUGCUUUGGAAAGAAUUCAGGAAGCUCUUCUGGAUGGAAAACCUGCACGAGCAGUUGCAUUGUCGGACCUCGAGAUGGAAGUUGUAAAGCAUCUUUGCUUGCUUACAAUGAAGCCUAUGAUCUAUGUGGCCAACGUUGCGGAAACUGAUCUUGCUGAGCCGGAGAAGAAUGCUUAUGUUGAAGAAGUAAAGGGUCUUUCUUCUGAUUUGCAGUCAGGACAUGUGGUUGUUUCAGCACAGGUUGAGUCUGAGCUAACCGAACUUCCACUUGAAGAACGCACAGAAUAUUUGAACUCUCUAGGUGUCAGUGAAAGUGGCCUCGGGAACCUUAUCAGGGCAACAUACAGCCUGCUAGGUUUGCAGACAUAUUUCACUUCUGGUGAAAAGGAAACAAGAGCAUGGACAAUACACGCAGGCAUGACUGCAUCACAAGCUGCUGGCGUCAUUCAUUCUGACUUUGAGAAAGGUUUCAUUAGAGCUGAGACUGUUGCAUAUGAUGAUUUUGUCUCUGCUGGGUCUCUUGCAGCAGCAAGGGAGAAAGGACUUUUGAGAUCAGAGGGUAAAGAGUAUAUUGUUAAAGAAGGAGAUGUGAUGCUUUUCCGCUUCAACGUAUAGCUACAUAACCCUGAGAUCUUAUCAUCUUAAUCUGCACGGCUUCUUAUUACAUUGAGAUUUCAUUGCUCUUGGUUUUGCAAAAUAUAGUGAUACCUUUCUUUUACUCUUUUUAUACGGCAGUAAUUCUAUAUGAAACAAAGAUGUGAGAUGUAUAAGUUUGGUAGGGCAAGAGAUGACAUAUUUCAUGGGAUUGGCAAUGAGAAUUUAUUGCAAUAAUCAUGUGUAAUGACGACAACCAUACCAUUUUAUAUGAAUCUCAUAAUAAUGUAUACUUAGAUUCAUCU